UUGCUCUUGUAUCUACUUGUGUAUCAACCUGUAAAGUUUGCUCUUCUGUAUGAAUUAUCAGUUGAACAUUGAAUGCUUUUAGCAUCUAAUGGACAAGAAGGGAAAAGUAACGAAAAGAAAAGUGAAAAAGGAAAGAAAAUUAAAGUAAUAGAUAAUAAUGUUAACAAGGAGAAGUCUAAUAAUGAUAUUGAAUAAUCUGAUGUUGAAUGUGAUAAUAGUGGUGAUGAUGAUGGUAAAGAGCGUGAAAAGAUGAUUUCAUGAGAGAAUCCAGUUGAUAAAAGUGAAGAAGAAAAAAAAGUUUGACUAAAUUAUCGUUUAAUGUCCAUUAAUGUUAUCCAAUUUUACUGUUGAACAAGAAUGUUGAUGAUGAAGGAAAGUUGAGAAAAGCAUCGUAAAAUGACCUUUAAUUUGUGAUCGACUCUUCAAUUUGCAUCGAUAAUGGUUUACACUUGUGAUGUCAACUGUUAAUUGUGAUGAAUAUUGCGUGUCUGUGUCUUGAUACAAUUGUUUCAUGUAAAGGAAAAGAAAAUGUUUCAUUUCUUUUAUCCUUUAACCGGAGUAAAUUGUUUCAUCUUUACUCUCAAUAGAUACACUUGAUUAGCUCUCCAUGUUUUCCAUGUGUAAAUCCAUUUGUUUGGUACCAUUGUGAUUGAAACAGAAUGGAAGAUUCAAUGGAGGAAAUGUUUAACCAUUCGAGUUAUGAUAAUUUCAAUGGAUCAACACUUGCAUCCGAUAAUCCAUCUUCAUCUUCACCUUCCUCAUCAAAUGCUCUGUUAGUUUCAAUUGGACAAAAGUUGUAUUCCUUUAGAGAUCAAUACAGUCCCAUCCAUGGAUACCUUAGUUUGUGCAUCUGUUUCUUUGGAACAGUCACUAAUAUACUCAACAUUAUUGUUCUGACAAGAAAAGAACUGUUAUCAGCAACAAAUAAUAUUUUAACAGGAUUAGCUGUAGCUGAUAUGCUGGUCAUGAUGGAUUAUAUUCCCUUCGCAAUUCACAAUAAUAUUCAAGUGCAUCAAGGAGAUGGUGAAAUGUUUACUUAUGGUUGGACAGUUUUCACCCUUUUCCAUGCUCAUUUCACCUUAGUAGUCCAUUCAAUAUCAACCUGGUUAACAGUUUUACUGGCUGUUUGGAGAUACCUUUCUGUAAGAUUUCCUACUCAAAGUCGAGGUUGGUGUACAAUGAGCAAUGCCCGUUGGUUAAUUGUGGCAACUUACAUUUGCAUUCCAAUCUUCUUUAUCCCAACUUACCUGACCUUUGUGGUCAAGGACAACGGUGCUGGAGGCUACAAGGUUGAUUGGAGUGACAUUUCAAUAAAUCACAAUGAAACACUGAAGCGAAUAAAUUUUUGGGUCUUCAGUGUUGGAACCAAACUGGUGCCUUGUAUACUUUUAACUUACCUUAGCUGGGCUCUUAUUCAUGCCGUAUUAGAGGCCGAUAAACGUAAACGUCGACUGAAGGAAAAUUGUUAUACACUUGCCUCAUCGAGUGCAACCAAAAGUGAAUACUCGGAAGACUCGCUUGGUUCACUUCACCAGCCAGGCCAGGUUUACCUUGAGGUAAACUCUUUUCGCAAGGUGAGACACCAUUCAACCAGCAUCAAUGGCUCCACACCAGGGGCUCCAGUUAACCUGACUCCGGCCAGUGGAACCACUCAAAGUGAUAGGACAACUCGAAUGUUGUUGGGCAUUUUACUGCUCUUCCUGGCCACUGAAUUUCCAACUGGUUUCAUUGCUCUUCUCACCGGAAUUUUGGGCGAUGACUUUUUUCACAAUGUCUAUUAUCCGUUGGGUGAUAUACUUGAUACACUGGCGCUGAUCAACAGUGCCGUCAAUUUUGUUCUCUAUUGUACAAUGUCGGAACAAUUUCGUUAUACAUUUGCUAAGCUAUUUUUUCUCUGAUUAAACCUGUGAAUCAUUCCAUGGUAAAGGUGUAUCAAUUUGUCAAGAAAAGAGAUGAAAUGGAAACUACAAAUUAACUUGUUUACAUGGUUUUUGGCUCAACUAUUAAACUUAAAGAAAUUCCAAUCAAGGCUAAUCAAGUGUAAAAUUUAAUUUUCUGGUUAAAUGAGAAUAAAUUGUUUCAUCAAUUUCAAAAUAGUUGAAAGCUGAAGACAAAUUUUCAUGAAACAAGUUAAUAAAUGAUGUUCUGCUCAACAUCUAUUAAUGUUACAAGUUGAGUUAUCAUUAUGAAUGAUUGAAUGUUAAUAGAUGUUAAUGUAUUAAACAGUGAAACAUAUUCAGAAAGCAAAGAAUCAUUCAAAUGUGAUAAAAUGAUCCAACAUUAACAAAUUACUCAACAGAUUCAUGAUAAAUAUUGAAUAAAAAAAUGCCAAUUUGUUACUCCAGUAAGAUGAUGAGAAAAAGUAAGCUGACAACAAAAAUUGUUUAACAUGAAAAUUGAUUUAUCUAAGAAAAUAUCUGUUUAUCUGUUAUAAUAAUUCUGUAUAAGUGUAUAAUGUUCAAUAAAGUAAAUAGAUUUUAAUAAAAAUUGGAUGAGAAAAAAAGAGUAAAAAUGCAAUUCCAUUGAUAAUAAUGUGAUUGAGUGUUGAAAUUUUAAUUGCUGUUCACUCAUUACUUGCAGUUUCAUGAUUGACA